UUUGAUGACGUAGAUUUAGCGCGACUGAAAACGUAAAGCUUACAACAGCGGCCUGUGUUGUUUCACUCGACCGUUGUAAUUUUUGUCUCCUGUGGAGGAUUGUCUCUACAUUCUGCCAUCAUCAUGAAACUAGUCAGGUUUUUGAUGAAACUCAGCCAUGAGACUGUGACCAUUGAACUGAAGAAUGGCACCCAGGUCCAUGGCACCAUCACAGGUGUCGAUGUGAGUAUGAACACCCACCUGAAGGCGGUAAAAAUGACCCUGAAAAAUCGGGAGCCCACUCAGCUGGAAUCGCUGAGUAUUCGUGGCAACAAUAUUCGGUACUUCAUCCUCCCGGACAGCCUCCCACUGGACACCUUGCUGGUUGACAUCGAACCCAAGGUCAAGUCCAAGAAGAGAGAAGCAGUGGCUGGACGCGGACGAGGCAGAGGAAGAGGCCGCGGUAGAGGAAGAGGACGAGGUCGGGGCGGCCCGAGGAGAUGAUCACCAUGCUGUACAUUUUUUGGCCGCCACCCCACUGUUUGUUCAGAAGAAAGAUUUUGUGACUUUCAAUGGUUUUUUUUGUUCAAUUUCCUUUUUUCUUAUUUUGUACAUUAAAAUCCCUGUGAGGAUAAAGUGACUCUUUGUAUUAUUGCUGCAUUGCUAAUGGGGUUUGUUUUGUUAUUCAAUCACAUCAUUCCCCUGACAUUGUAUUUGUGUUAUGUGGCGGAAUAAAGUACCAUUGUCUUGAA